GUACUUUCUUCCUCCGAAGAUGCGAGUCAAGUCUCUCUCUUCUGCACGGAAACAUGGCGAGAAGUCAAGGAGCCAACCAGGAGUUGUCGGAGGUGCUCAACGAACUCUGGCACUUGGACGUCAACCGCCUCAAACCGGGAACUGAUUACAUCAUUUCUCCGCAGGGGCGGGCAGGCUAUGUGGCCCAGGGCAGUAACUACGCCAGAGACAGAGCCAGGGCGCCACUCUUCACGUACGUCAAUGAAGACAAGCUGAGGAGCAUCGAAACUUAUUCUCAUUUCAUCAACCUGCUGGACAACUACGAGAUGUCGACCGGCGUGUCAGAGAAGGUGACGUCAGAGGAGUUCGAGGAGAACCACAAGUUUCUGGACGCCAUUCUGGAGACAGAAGUUAUGAAGCGUGCUCACCAGUAUCUGAUCCAGAAGAGACAGUCUCCACCAGACCUUACGCACUUCAAGAGACAGCUCUACGACAUCUGGUUCAGAUUGUACCACCGAGACAGGAGCGGAGGAGAGGAUUCUUGCGGGUUCGAGCACGUGUUUGUUGGGGAAACCAAGUACGGCCAGGAGAUGAUGGGUCUUCACAACUGGGUGCAGUUCUACCUGCAGGAGAAGCGCGACCACAUCGACUACAAAGGCUACAAAGCAAGAGACAAAAAAAACACACCCGACGAGGACGACCACGUCCUCAACCUGCAGUUCAGCUGGAAGGGUUUGGUCAAGCCCAUCGGCGGCUCCUUCAUCGGUGUUAGCCCCGAGUUCGAGGUUGCUCUCUUCACCGUCAUCUUCCUCGCGUCCACGGAGAAGCGGAUGUCGGUGCUGGUCAAAGUGGACGAGUACACGCUAGAGCUGGUGGUCUAUCGCCACGGGCGCUCCAUCGGCACGUCCUACCCCAAACUCCUCAGCAGCAACAACCAGGAUUUGUAAACGAGCCACAGCGUCUCAAAUCACAGUUGUUAAGUACAAGACAACCGUAUGUUGUAUUUACUCAUACUUUAAAGAAUAUAAAACAAAUACCCGUAUUUUUCAGAGUAUAAGUCGCACCGGAGUAUAAGUCGCACCUGCCGAAAAUGCAUAAUAAAGAAGGGGAAAAACAUGUAUAAGUCGCAUUUUUGGGGGAAAUUUAUUUGAUAAAAGCCAACACCAAGAAUAGACAUUUGAAAGGCAAUUUAAAAUAAAUAAAGAAUAGUGAACAACAGGCUGAAUAAGUGUACGUUAUAUGAGGCAUAAAUAACCAACUGAGAACGUGCCUGGUAUGUUAACGUAACA